GUCGCCUCGGCGCUCCUGCGAGUCGGAAGCGCCCUGCGCCCCCGCCCCCUUGGCCGCCGCGCCGCGUUCGUCGUCCGAGGCCAGGGCAGCGCGAGCCGAACCUCCGCAGCCACCGGCAAGUUUGACCGCGCCGCCCGGGCUGCUGUCGCCCGCACCAUGUCCGCGGCCGCCUACAUGGACUUUGUGGCUGCCCAGUGUCUGGUUUCCAUUUCGAACCGCGCUGCGGUGCCGGAGCAUGGGGGCGCUCCCGACGCCGAGCGACUGCGACUCCCCGAGCGCGAGGUGACCAAGGAGCACGGCGACCCGGGGGACACCUGGAAGGAUUACUGCACACUGGUCACCAUCGCCAAGAGCUUGUUGGACCUGAACAAGUACCGACCCAUCCAGACCCCCUCGGUGUGCAGCGACAGUCUGGAGAGUCCGGAUGAGGACAUGGGAUCCGAUAGCGACGUGACCACCGAAUCUGGGUCGAGUCCUUCCCACAGCCCCGAGGAAAGACAGGAUCCUGGCAGCGCGCCCAGCCCGCUCUCCCUCCUCCACCCCGGAGUGGCGGCGAAGGGGAAACACGCCUCCGAAAAGAGGCACAAGUGCCCCUACAGUGGCUGUGGGAAAGUCUAUGGAAAAUCCUCCCAUCUCAAAGCCCAUUACAGAGUGCAUACAGGUGAACGGCCCUUUCCCUGCACGUGGCCAGACUGCCUUAAAAAGUUCUCCCGCUCAGACGAGCUGACCCGCCACUACCGGACCCACACCGGGGAAAAGCAGUUCCGCUGCCCACUCUGCGAGAAGCGCUUCAUGCGGAGCGACCACCUCACGAAGCACGCCCGGCGCCACACCGAGUUCCACCCCAGCAUGAUCAAGCGGUCGAAAAAGGCCCUGGCCAGCCCCUUGUGAGGUGCUACCCACGGGGGCCAGGGAGGGAGGCCCGGAAAGACAGAACUACUCCCAGCAAACAGACACACACGUGGAAACAGCCCCAAAGAGGCGCGCUGCCAGCACAGGAAGUCCUGUCCUUUGGUCAAUAUUCUGAUUUUCCUCUCCCUGCAUUGUUUUUAAAAAGCACAUUGUAGCCCAAGGUCAAAGUGCACUCUUGGUCCCCUUGCAGAGGCAACUGAACCGUCUCUGACUUUUGGAGGGAAGGCAAAUGUUUUUUUCCCUUCCUUUA